ACAAACAUGGCAGACGAAGCAUUGGCAAAGUCGGGAUUACAUUUUGAUGAAUUGAACAAGGUUCGCGUUCUCGAGCCUGAAUACUCACAACAAACGGUAGAACUGAAAGAAGAAUGUAAGGAGUUCGUUGAUAAAAUUGCGGAAUUCCAGAAGAUUGUAAGUAGCUUCAUUGAUGUUGUGGACAAACUUUCGAAAGAAGUUGAAAAAGAGAAAAUGAAGGCAAUUGGAUCGAGAAAUUUACUGAAGUCAAUAGCCAAACAGAGAGAAGCACAACAACAGCAAUUUCAAGCCCUCAUAGCAGAGAAGAAAACACAAUUAGAAAGAUACAGAAUACAGUAUGCAUCACUAUUGAAAGAAGAAUCGGAACAGAAUGAAUUUAUUGAACAGUUUAUAUUACAAAAAUAAUGUAAUCUUUAAUUUAUCUUUGUGCUUUCUUAAAAAAAAUAUUGUGUAAAUAGUCCUCUGUAAUAUACUGUUAUGAAAAUUUGGAUUUUUCUUUGCAAAAAAUGAUUAAAAUAUGUGUGAAAAAUUUAAGUCAGCUGGUAUUUUUUGUACAGCAAUUAUUAUAGAUAUUGUAAAAUUAAAUUCACAAAUUGCAAUAAAAGUUUGCAGCAAGCCAAA